UGAGACGUCUGUAAAGCAAAUUCAUGCUUUUUGAAUUUCCUUUCCAAGACUGGUACAUUUGACUGGGAUUUGUAUAUGUAUCUGGAAUUACACGUUGGACCUAUUCAGAUAUUAUUAGUUCGGACAGGAAUAUUCGGUUGAUUUUUUUUUAUGGGACUAUAGUGAAUUUGUGGACAGCCAGUGCACGGACUGAGGGAUUUGAAAGCAAGGAUACACGCGCCUCUCCUGCUAUACGUUUCUGAUAGCUAAUGUAUCGCACAUUGGAUUCAACUCCAGAAAAGUUGAACGUUUUCACGGAAGCGAUCGGAAUUUGUGUCUGCCAAUAUUUUGCAAUGCGCUGAAUUCUGCUGGACAUUGUCGCGCGGGACUCUUAGAAAAAAAGAGCACCGUGGACGUUUUUGAAUUUUUGUUCUAUUGCGUAGCUACUACAGCAAGUAUAUGCUGACUUUAAAUUGAUUCCUUAAAAUUAAACAUCUCAUAUUCUCCUCCCGCGGUGCCUAGCAAUAAUCGACAACAUUUUCAGUAAAAUGACCUGGAGCUGAGACUGGAGAUUGAGGACUCUCUCCGAACUAACAGAAGAGCGGUUCGGAUUGUCAGAACAUGAAGUCAGUUACAAGUUUGUUUGUUUUAAGUGUGUUGCUGAGUCCAACAACCGUGUCCUGGAGCGCGACGGUCAACAGCCGUGGAGUGGGCAUCUCUAAACUGGAUUCCCAUGAAUUUGGUGGUAUAUACAACUUCAGCACUUUCCUGUUGGACCGUGAGUCUGGGAUGCUCUACCUUGGUGCGCGGGAUGCAGUCAUCGCCGUGGAUACCGCAAACCUGUCAAAGAGGAAAAUGAUUGAGUGGAGUGUUCCAGAAGAGAAGAGGAAAUCUUGUGUCGCUAAGGGAAAAACAGAGGACGAUUGCAAGAACUACGUCCGUCUGCUUGAGUUCUUGGGAGAUGGACGCAUAUAUGCCUGCGGGACGUUUGCCUUCGACCCCCAAUGUGCCUUUAUUAACAUCUCUUCAUUCUCUCUGGAGACGCAAGAGGACGGUAGUGUGAAGAUGGAGACUGGGAAGGGAAAAUGCCCCUUUGAGCCCAGCCAGCACUACACUGCCGUCAUGGCAGGAGGGAUCCUUUACACUGCCGCCACUAGUAACUUCCUUGGCACAAUGUAUGACAUUUCCAGGGCAACGGGCAUGGAGCAGGAACGCAUCCGGACUGAGCAAUCUAUAAACUGGCUUAGUGAUCCGGAGUUUGUGAGCUCUGCUUUCAUUCAAGAGGAUGAAAAGAAAAACCCUACCGGUGAGGAUGACAAAAUUUACUUCUUCUUCACCGAGGUGGCUAAAGAGUAUGACCUCUACACCAAGGUCAAAGUGCCCAGAGUAGCAAGAGUCUGCAAGGCUGAUGUAGGUGGUAUGAAGACUCUGCAGAGGCGGUGGACAACAUUUCUGAAGGCCCAGUUGGUGUGUGAAGAUCGAGCAAGUGGACAGAGAUUUAAUGUUCUGACUGAUGUAUUCACUGUUCAGCACCAGCCUGGAGACCCAAGCAGCACUCACUUCUAUGGCAUAUUUACCUCACAAUGGGAACGGGAGGAGUUGUCUGCAGUGUGUGUGUACAGUCUGGAGGAGAUCACUAAAGUGAUGAAUGGACCCUUUAAAGAGCUAAAGAAGAGCUGUGAGAACUGGAUUAACCCAGAGCCCAUACCAUCUCCACGACCAGGACAAUGUUUGAACAAUGCUCUGUAUGAGCAAGGCUUUGAGUCUUCCCUGAAGCUGCCUGAUAAAGUAUUGACAUUCAUGCGUGAUCACCCGCUCAUGGAGAACAGUGUGGUGGCAGCACCCUUGAUGAUCAGGAAUGGCAUCACAUACACUAAACUUGCUGUUACCUUAACAACUGCCUCCAAUGGCUCCAAACAACAAAGGGUCACUGUUUUACAUCUUGGAACAGAUCGUGGACAGCUGCACAAAGUUUCUGUGGUUGGUCCGAAUGCAAAUCUUAUUGAAGAAGUCCCUCUGUUUUCUGCACAGGAGCCUGUGAAUAACAUAUUGCUAUACAAGGACAAGGCUCUGGUUGGUUCUCCUCUCUCUCUAGUGAAGUUACCCAUAGUUGGUUGUUCCUUCUACACUACUUGUGAGGUGUGUGCACGCGCCCAUAGCCUCGGCUGUAUAUGGAGCCAUAAAGACGGAGCUUGUGCUAUGGCAAAGCCUGGAGAAGUGGUGGAGCCAGAGGAUUUGGACAACCAAUGCAACAAAGAAGGUCUUUGCUCCCCACCUGUAAUUGAAAUGCAUGUUGAACAGGGUCUACGUGUUCUGCUUUCUUGUGUGCAAGUGUCUCCUCGCCCCUGCCGCUGGAACCAUCCUCCUCAAAGUCACACUCGCCUCCACAACUACGACCUGGAGGUUCAGGUCACACCGGAGAGCCUGGGCACCUAUGUUUGCUUGUGUGAUGAGGUUGGGCGAGAUCAGCCGCCCUGUCGCAGAGCCGAGUACCAGCUCACCCUUGAAACCCCUCGCAUUGAGGGGAACGUAGCCAUUGCUGGUGGCCGUCACUUCCUGUUCUCGCACAUUAUUUUGUUUGUUGUAGGUUUUAUUAUGGGUGCCUUCAUCUUAUUUCUGGUUUACAAACAUCAAGGUGGCCUGAGAGGGGGCGGGCACUCAUCGUCCACAUUGGAGAAGGGCCGGGACUUGCUACCUUCCACAGACACACCACAGUCUCCAAGCAGUGCCAGCCUGUUGUCAGAGGCCGUUCCAUUGACAGAGAAAAGAAAUGGAACGAUAAAUGGGCAUGGUGGACACAUCGUCCACACUGGUGGACACAACGGCAGGCAUAUUUAUGCCAACUCAUGUGGACUGAAGUUGCAGGAGUCAGCUGUUAAUUUGGCAGAUGAGCUGGAUAGUAGAGAAAGGGUGGGGCCAAAGGGAGAGGAAGAUGGGCUUGGGGAGGUGCUGAGUGAGAUGGAGGAGGAGUUUGCUAAGCUGGCUUGUCUAAGAGGGGCACCACUGGCACAAUGUGAGGAAAGUUCUAUCUGAAGACAGGUGCGCACAUUAUUUUUGAGACCAAACUCUGUGAAAGGCUUGAGCACACAGGCUCACAAACACAGGAAACACAAGCAUUUGGUGUGUUUUUCCAGAUAUGGAGGGCUGGAGAAAAAGAGGAGACCAGACAAUCAAAGAAACUAAGACAUACAUUCCAAAUAUAUAAGAUAAACCCUAAGCAAUCGCACAGAGACGCACACACACAAUCAGAUGUGCAUACAGUACACAAACCACGUUUCCUGGAAGCUCCUCUGCCACUCCAUUACGUUGUCAUACAGUCCAUUCAUUCCUGUGUACAUAAAGUGUUUUGUGUAAUUCUGUGUUUAUCCUGCUGUUUCUGCAUGUUUUCGAUCAGACCAUUUUUCAGAAUCACAAGCAGGCCGUUUUCAUAGCCAGCGCUCAGCACUUUCAUGCACCAUUUUCAAAGCCAUUCUCACAUGGAUAUUCAUUGUCUAUGUGUGUGUAGUUCUGUAUGCUUGGUCUGGUCAAAGUCCAAAAGGGUCUUUCAAAGUGCAAUGACCUGUCUGUAGACCAAAUCAACAUAGAAACCAGAGAAAUUUGCUCAUCCUGGACAAAUUACUGAAAAUAAGCAGAUUUGUUUGAGUUGCCAAAAAGGGCUUUCUAGCAUGGAACUAACAAACGAAUGACAAGAGACACUGGAAAUCACAAUGACAUCAUUUUGCCUUACAGAUAAAGUGAUAGUUUGAGUACUGCUAACAGUGGUACUGUGGCCUAUGGCAGGGCUGGAUUAAGCAGGACAGUGUCACAGGGCCUCGGACGGCCAGGGGCCUCCAAAGCCUCAGGUUGUGCGGCCUGAGACUGCCAGAGGAAGAUGAAGCUAUAGGGCCCCUAGGUCCUUCUCCGCAAAUCACACUAUGAAAAUAGUCAUUCAAAUAAUAGCCUGUGGUGGCCACAACUGAAUGAAGGGAGAACAUAAAGAUCAAGACAGAUGAAACUCUUUAGCAAUCUUCUGUCUCUUCAAAAAGUUACUGAUGGUAGAUGGUGAACUGAUGGUAGAUUGUGGACUUGCCACUGCCAAAUGAUUCCGCCACAUUCCCAGAGCAAGGGAGAAAAUGCAAUCAAGCAAAGAGCCAUUAGUAAGUUAUGCUUCUCUGGGAUCGGCAAUAUUUUGUGGUGUCAAAUCAGAAGCUGUCAAAUCACUGCCAUCCGUAUAUGGACCAGAUGUAGCAUGUUCUAUACAUAAUAAUCAGCACGUUUUAAUCAAGACAACAAUGACUGUGUAAUGAAAGAUGUAUCUUUAUAGCAUUUAGUAUGUAAGCUUAUUGAAAUGAGAUGAAAAUGUUAAGAACAGAAAAAAAUUAUGAAGGAAAUCAUUGAUUGUUUUGAGUUUCUCUUUAUGGACCGAGAUUGUGCCUCCAUUGAAGGUAUAUUUAUCCUCACUGAAGUGGAUGAGACAAAGUAGUUUGAAGAACAGAACUUCAGAUCUAUAAUACCAUGAAUCAGGGGCUACGGCUUAAUCUAAAGCACUCCUGUUUAUGUAGCCAUAAUGAAGUGUGUAUCAGGAGUAUGUAAAUAUCUGUGAAUAUGAAGUGAAUUUGUGGAAAAGAUAUUUUUAACACCUGCUUUUUCUUCUCUCUUUGUGAUUGAGAGUGGCAAAGCAUUGAACUCAUUUUCACCACUAGAGGGACUCUUCCUGUGUUGAACAUGUGUCACUUGCCCAUCUUUAAUGUUUGUUCACUUUUAAAUGAAUUUUUAUUCAACUUUUACAUUAGUUUCACCAUUUAUUUAUUUUGUAAUUCAUGUGAAAAGAAUAUAUACUGUAUUUGUAACAUUCUGUCAAGCAAAGUGAACGUAACAAACACUCUGGAUUGUGUACAAUGUACAUGUAUCUUGUCUUCUGGAUGGAUCUAAUAAUCAGCACUCACUAAAGUGAAAAAACAACAAGUACACUCAACGCAAAACUCCCAUAAGAAUCCUAAUUUCUAAAACUUCCAUCCUCCAUCUAGUAAAUCGUAGGUUCUUAUCAAUGAAUUGUCCACAAUGGUUUUAUGUUUAAUAUGAGUAAAUAUAACAGAUAAUUAAGUGUUACAUGCUCUUUGCUGUCCAUUGUGAAUAAAGAAAUAUGUUCAUUGAUGUACAGAUAUGUUGUAUUCUAAGUUUCUAUUUUUAUAACUUAUACACGAUAAAGAUAAAUGUACAUUUGUGUUGAAAACAUAUAUUGAAGGUAUGUAUAUGUGAAUGGGUGUAUGUGUGAAUGCCUUGUGAUGUCCUUUGGAAUAAAAAAACAAAAAACUACCUCUCUAAACAAUUUUUUUUUCCCCCCCCUUUUUUAAAACAGCCUAACAUUAAUUUCAUGAAAUCUUAAAUAUUCACUGGCGGCCAUGAUGUACAGAUUUUGAUCUUAUGGAAAGAAAUUGGUAGUUGUAUCCACCAAACUGGCAUUCAACUGAUCACAAUGUAUAAUUACUAUUACAAUUUUAAAAAAUAAAAUAAAAAAUACUUCUUACUUAAACUAUUUUUUCUGAUUUCCUUGGUGAAUUUGCAAACUUUUUUUCAGAUUUUGUAGUUACUGUAGAUAGAGCUUUAAGUGUUGGUGACUUCAACAUUCACAUAGAGAAUGAAAAUUACACAUUGGAAUUAGCAUUUAUCGAUAUUCUCAACUCUCUUGGAGUCAGACAAAAUGUAACAGGACCAGAUAUGCGUAACAGCACAAGAGUAGUGACUUCAUGAAUUUCUUUACUUAUAAAAUUUAAAUAAUCUGAAAUAAAAUUGUUAUUAUGCAAUCUGUCAUAGCACCUCAGAAAACAGUGUCUCAUAAUUUUCCUCACAUGCAACUUCAAUCCUUCGAUGUCAUAGGUCAUGAAGAGCUAACGAAAACGUAUUGAAACAUCAAAAGCCACAACAUGUUUGUUAAAUCCAGUACCAACCUAACAAAGAGGUAUUCCCUGUAAUCUCAGUUAAUAUUAUUAACUCCUCGCUAUCCUUAGGAAAUGUCCCAAGAAACUUGAAAAUGGCAGUUAUCAAACCACUUAUUGAGAAGCCACAACUUGAUCCUGGAGAACUGGCAAAUUAUAGACUGAUUUAUACAGAGAAAUAGUAUAUAUGAACAAUUUCAGUCAGGAUUUAGACCUGAUCACAGUACAGAGACUGAAUUUAUCAGAGUUACAAAUGACUUGCUCUUAUCAUCUGAACACUGCUACAUUUCACUUUUAGUGCUUUUAGAUCUUAGUGCUGCAUUCAACAUGAUAUAUCACAACAUUCUGUUGAACAGGAUAGAGAAUUAUGUUGGCAUUUGUGUCUGCAUCCCUAACACUGUUCGAGAAGCAGACACACUCCCUCAGUUUAAGUCUAGACUUAAGACUCAUCUAUUUAGCCAGGCAUACACCUAAUUUAUCCUUCAUCACACAAUUAGGCUGCUUUAGUUUGGUCUGCCAGAACCAGAAACCAGAAACAUUGAUCAUGUUAUCAUCUAUAACUCUGCAAUAAAUUGAAUGGCAUCUAUGCUUACAUUAUUUUAUUUGUUUCCCUGUCUCAACCUCGGGACUCCUAUCCUGAGGUCACCAGAACCAGCUGGAUGCAACUCCAUUCCUGCUUUGUGUUGGACUCCACUGCUACAUGUCACUGUGUGAUGAUGACUACAUGCAGCCGGUGCCAGUCAUACAUCACUUCAGUCUAUUAUGAUGGACUUCAGAGGAUGAACUGAUGCCAACUCCAACCAUAAGACAUGGGAUACUUCAUAUGCCAUUGCCUGAACCAUGGACUUAGGAUAGACCUCACUGAAAUUACCGGCCAGGUUGAACUGCGAUGCAUCUCACUGAUCUGCCUGCAUCACCUCAGUCUAAUGAUAGACUACACUCUUGAAAUUGAAUACAUAGACUAUCAAUUAACUGCCAAUAAAACCCUUUAUCAGCCAACUAACAAGGACAAUUGCAUCUAUGUGAACUUCAGCAGUUAAUCCAGGAUGGACUUCAAAGACAUUAGUUAUUAAUCUUACAGUUCAUACAAAAUCUUAGUUUAAACUCUGUCCCUUAACACUUACUUAGUUUAAUCAUUUUAAACUAUGACUUGCACUAUACAUAAGUAAUAUUUACAUUAUAUUCAUGUUGUUAGUCAGAGGGGAACUGGCCCCCACAGUGAGUCUGGUUUCUCCCAAUGUUAUUUUUCUCCAUUAACCAACAUCUUAUGGAGUUUUGUAUUCCUUGCCACAGUUGCCUUCUGCUUGCUCAGUGGGGUUAUAAAUAUAAUAAUUAUUUAAUUACUUAUUUUUAAACACAAUUCACAAUCAUAUUUGAUCAAACUACACAAUGAAGACAUUAUAAAUAUUACAGUUUUAUCUUCAGUUAUUGCCUGAUCUUCUGUAAAGCUGCUUG